UGCCGCCGCUGCACCCGAGGGCUCUGGGCCCCGCACGCCCGCGCGCGCUCUGCACCGGCCAUGGAGGGGCCCGGGAGCCUGUGCAAGAAAGCCAAGCUGGGCAACAGCGCGCAGAACUGGGGCAUGCAGAGAGCGACCAAUGUCACCUACCAAGCUCACCAUGUCAGCAGGAACAAGAGAGGGCAGGUGGUGGGGACCAGAGGUGGUUUUCGUGGCUGCACUGUUUGGCUCACAGGCUUGUCUGGAGCUGGGAAGACCACAGUGAGCAUGGCUUUAGAGGAGUACUUGGUUUGCCAUGGUAUUCCGUGUUACACCUUGGACGGCGAUAAUAUUCGUCAGGGUCUGAAUAAAAACCUCGGCUUUAGUCCUGAAGACAGAGAAGAGAAUGUCCGGCGCAUUGCCGAGGUGGCGAAGCUGUUUGCAGAUGCAGGCCUGGUGUGCAUCACGAGUUUCAUUUCUCCCUACACCCAGGAUCGCAACAAUGCGAGACAAAUCCACGAGGGUGCAAGUUUACCCUUUUUUGAAGUAUUUGUUGAUGCUCCCCUGCAUGUAUGUGAACAGAGGGACGUCAAAGGACUCUAUAAAAAGGCACGAGCUGGAGAAAUCAAAGGUUUCACUGGGAUCGAUUCUGAGUAUGAAAAACCCGAGGCUCCGGAGCUGGUGCUGAAAACAGAUUCCUGCGAUGUGAACGACUGUGUGCAGCAAGUGGUGGAGCUCCUGCAGGAAAGGGACAUUGUGCCUGUGGAUGCCUCAUACGAAGUCAAGGAACUGUAUGUGCCGGAAAAUAAACUUCACUUGGCAAAAACAGAUGCAGAAACAUUACCAGCACUAAACAUUAAUAAAGUGGACAUGCAGUGGGUUCAGGUCCUGGCAGAAGGCUGGGCCACCCCGCUGAAUGGAUUCAUGAGAGAGCGCGAGUACUUGCAAUGCCUUCACUUUGAUUGCCUCCUGGAUGGGGGCGUCAUUAACCUGUCAGUGCCCAUCGUUCUGACGGCCUCCCACGAGGACAAAGAGCGGUUGGACAGCUGCACAGCCUUUGCCCUUGUAUAUGAGGGCUGCCGCGUGGCUAUUCUCCGUAAUCCAGAGUUUUUCGAGCACCGAAAAGAAGAGCGCUGUGCCCGACAGUGGGGGACAACCUGCAAGAAUCACCCCUACAUCAAGAUGGUAAUGGAGCAAGGAGAUUGGCUGAUUGGAGGAGAUCUUCAAGUCUUAGACCGCAUCUAUUGGAAUGAUGGGCUGGAUCAGUAUCGCUUGACCCCCACUGAAUUGAAGCAGAAGUUCAAGGAUAUGAAUGCUGAUGCCGUCUUCGCCUUUCAGCUUCGCAACCCAGUGCACAAUGGGCAUGCUCUGUUAAUGCAGGACACACACAAGCAACUUCUGGAGCGGGGCUACCGGCGCCCUGUACUCCUCCUCCACCCACUCGGUGGCUGGACCAAGGAUGAUGAUGUUCCCUUAAUAUGGCGCAUGAAGCAGCAUGCGGCGGUGCUGGAGGAGGGCAUCUUGAACCCCGAGUCAACCGUGGUGGCCAUCUUCCCAUCUCCCAUGAUGUAUGCUGGGCCCACGGAGGUCCAGUGGCACUGCAGAGCACGGAUGGUGGCAGGAGCCAAUUUUUAUAUCGUUGGACGGGAUCCUGCUGGCAUGCCUCAUCCAGACACAGGGAAGGAUCUUUAUGAGCCAAGUCAUGGUGCCAAAGUGCUGACAAUGGCUCCAGGCCUCAUCACCUUGGAAAUUGUUCCAUUUCGUGUGGCAGCUUAUAACAAGAAGAAGAAGCGCAUGGACUACUAUGACUCCGAACACCAUGAAGACUUCGACUUUAUUUCUGGAACACGAAUGCGUAAACUUGCCCGAGAAGGGCAGAAACCUCCAGAAGGUUUCAUGGCACCCAAGGCCUGGACGGUACUGGUAGAGUACUACAAGUCUCUGGAGAAGGCCUAGCCAGUGGACGGCUUUGACACAUCACUGAGGACCUGGAAGGACCCUGGGGCUGCUGUUGGUCUCUCUCUGUGGCAGCAUCAAUCUAUAUACACAUCCUAAAGGACCACCCUUUUCCUUAACUAGCAUCAGUUUGGUCUGCCUUCUGAAUUGUUUUGAACUAAUAUAACACUCUGUUGGUUUUAAUAUCUCUUUUCCACUAAUUGCAGUUAAUAUUCCUACAACAAUUUUAAAAUCUUGUCUUUUUUUAUAUUGUAUUUAUGCUUCUCUCCUAUAAUUUUUUUCAAACUGUUUUCUUUGUUGUAAUUAAUAGUAAAACACUGAGUGUCACUUUCUCCCCUUGGUGAAAAAGGAGUAAAAUCCACUGAAUAAGAAACAAAGCUUGACUGAGAGAAUUUGACAGAUCGUCUAUUGAUAGCAAUUAGGUUUUGUUUUUCUACAUUGGAACUUUAAACUGUCUUCUUUCUUUGUAGUCAGCGACUUAACUCUCAGCUCUUAUAAUGUCAAAUACCCUGAUGGUCUGUAUAAACCCCAAAUGAACUUUAUUCCAUAAAAUUAAA